CCCGCGCCGGCCCGGGCCCCUCGGCGCCCAGGGGCGUAAAGAAGCCUCAUCUCCUUCCUUAGGGAAAGACAGGGCAGACACAGUGAUCAUCGGAGGUGGUUGUGUUGGUGUGAGUCUAGCCUAUCACUUGGCUAAAGCUGGCUUGAAAGAUGUUGUUCUGCUAGAAAAAUCUGAGCUCACUGCAGGAUCUACCUGGCAUGCAGCUGGUUUAACUACUUAUUUUCAUCCUGGAAUAAACCUGAAGAAAAUCCAUGCUUACAGCAUCAAACUCUAUGAAAAGCUUGAAGAAGAGACAGGACAGCCUGUGGGGUUUCAUCAGCCUGGCAGUAUCAGAAUUGCUUCAACCCCUACUAGGGUGGAUGAAUUCAAAUACCAAAUGACUCGUGCUGGUUGGCACCCAACAGAGCAAUAUUUAAUCACGCCUGAGAAAGUGCAGGAACUAUUUCCCUUAUUGAACAUGGAUAAGGUUUUAGCUGGCCUGUAUAACCCUGGAGACGGUCAUAUUGAUCCUUAUUCUCUAACUAUGGCCUUGGCUGCAGGAGCCAGAAAAUAUGGUGCUCAGUUAAAUUAUCCUGUGCAAGUAACUAAUCUGAACUCCCGAUCAGAUGGGACAUGGGAAGUUGAAACUCCACUUGGAAUAAUCCAAGCAAAGAGAAUUGUGAAUACUGCAGGCUUCUGGGCCCGUGACAUAGGCAAGAUGAUUGGCCUGCAGCACCCUCUAAUACCUGUUCAUCAUCAGUAUGUUGUAACAUCAACUAUCCCUGAAGUGAAAGCCCUAAAAACAGAAUUGCCCGUGAUCCGUGAUUUAGAAGGAUCAUACUAUCUAAGGCAAGAAAGGGAUGGACUUUUGUUUGGUCCAUAUGAAAGUGAGGAGAAAAUGAAGCUCCAGGAGUCAUGGGUAACAAAUGGAGUCCCACCAGGAUUUGGAAAAGAACUUUUUGAGUCUGAUUUAGACAGAAUAAUGGAGCAUAUUGAGGCUGCCAUGGAAAUGGUCCCUGUUUUGAGAAAAGCAGACAUCGUAAACACAAUUUCAGGCCCUAUCACCUAUUCUCCAGACAUUCUUCCUAUGGUGGGACCACAUCAGGGUGUCAGAAAUUACUGGGUAGCCAUUGGUUUUGGGUAUGGCAUUAUACAUGCUGGUGGCAUGGGAAAGUACCUCAGUGACUGGAUCCUUGAGGGAGAACCUCCAUUUGACCUGAUAGAAGUAGAUCCAAACCGCUAUGGAAAGUGGACCACCACAGAAUACACAGCAGCCAAAGCAAGAGAAUCUUAUGGCUUUAAUAACAUUGUUGGUUACCCUAAAGAAGAAAGAUUUGCUGGGAGACCAACAGAGAGAACUAGUGGGCUGUAUGAUUUGCUAAAGUCAAAAUGUUCAAUGGGAUUCCAUGCAGGAUGGGAGCAACCUCAUUGGUUCUACAAACCUGGAGAUGAGACUGGAUACAAACCCAGUUUUCGGCGCACAAAUUGGUUUGACCCUGUAGGUCGUGAGUACAAACAGGUUAUGGAAAAAGUUGGUGUGAUUGACCUGUCACCAUUUGGCAAGUUUAAAGUGAAAGGCACAGAUUCUGUUAAACUGCUUGAUCAUCUAUUUGCAAAUGUUGUUCCGAAGGUGGGUUCCACAAAUAUAAGCCAUAUGUUAACACCAAGAGGAAAAGUUUAUGCUGAGCUAACUGUCUCUCAACUGUAUCCUGAAGAAUUCAUGCUUGUAACUGGGUCAGGGUCCGAACUCCAUGAUCUGAGAUGGAUAGAAGACAAAAUAACAAAAGGUGGAUACAAGGUUGAAAUAGAAAACAUGACAGAUGAGAUGGGAGUACUUAGUGUAGCAGGUCCAUAUGCACGACAGGUCCUCCAGAAGUUGACAAAUGAAGACCUAAGUGAUGCUUCAUUUAAAUUUCUCCAGUGUAGACAUCUGAAACUUUCCAAUAUCGCUGUUACUGCCAUUAGGAUAUCUUACACAGGAGAAUUGGGCUGGGAGCUCUACCAUAGAAAAGAAGAUUCUGUACCUCUUUACAGUGCAAUCAUGGAAGCUGGGCAAAAAGAGGGAAUUGAUGACUUUGGAACAUAUGCUCUAAAUGCUUUGAGGCUGGAAAAGGGUUUUCGAGCCUGGGGAGCAGAGAUGAACUGUGACACUAAUCCCUUAGAAGCUGGACUGGAGUAUUUUGUAAAGCUAAACAAGGCAGCAGACUUUACAGGAAAGCAAGCACUGAAGCAGAUUAAAGAAAAGGGGCUCAAACGACGACUGGUAUAUCUCUUGCUGGAAACAGAUAAUGUUGAUCCAGAGGGAAAUGAAAGCGUGUGGCACAAUGGCAAGGUAAUUGGCAAUACCACAUCUGGAUGUUUCAGCUAUGGAGCUCAGCAGAGUCUAGCUUUCGCAUAUGUUCCCAUGGAACUCAGCAAAGUUGGACAGAAAUUGGAAGUUGAACUUCUAGGUAAAAAUUAUCCAGCAACCAUUAUACAGGAGCCACUGGUGCUGACUGAACCAACAAGAAUGCGCCUUCAGAGAAAGGGUGAAAGUCCCAAAACAUAAACACAGAUGACAAUACAGCAAAUUGUGCAGUAGGAAAUAGUGCCAUUAAUAUGCAUAAAAUUAAGAGAAUUAAACUACUCACAUUUUCUAAUUACUAAACUCAAGAUCUUCAUUGCUAUUCAUGAGUGAGAAAUUCGAUGGCAUUACUUCCUAAUUCUCUGUAUGUGCUGUUCACAUUAGAGACCUGAGCAGAGCUGAUGGGCUGCUGUGUGUUCUGCUUCUCAGCAGCACUUGAGAGCAGAAAGUGGCAGGGAACGAGCACAUCAUUGAUUCAGCUUGCUCCCACAUUGGCUGGCAGAUCUGCGUUAAUCCAUAUGAGAAAUGUGCUCUUGAUUCUGUCCAAUAGCAAAUUCCUCCCCCUCCCUCACACUACCAGUUCCUCCUUUGCCUGCCCUUGAGGUAAAGUAGCUUAUCCUGUCUUUUUUACACAUGAAUAGCAAGUUUACCAUAAAAGCAUGUCACUAGUUCUACACAGAAUGCUUUAUAAGGAAUUGAAAGACAUCUCAUUAACCAUUAAAAUAAUAAAGGCAUUACUAAAGGUAA